UCCACCGCCUACUCGUUUCCCUUCCAACGAGGCUUGAUGCUCUCAGUAGUCUGACAACAGUCACGGAGAAGGAGACCGAUCCUCUCGUCUCGCUCUCUCACCAUUAUAUCGAUCACACCAGAGUGAAUUUCAGACUUUAAGGGAUGUAGUGUCCGGAAAAGCGGCCUCUCUCCCGAGUGUGCAGGUGACAGAGGCAAGGGAGGAAUACGCGAAAUUAGUGGUUGCACCUCGAUCUAGACCCUGGUUUGUGGGGAGGGAGCACUCCAAUAUUGUACAACAAUAACACAUGCUAGAUAAAACCAGACCCCUUAAGGUAUCACACAGUGUCAACCAGAGGAGUGAAACAGGGAACACCUGCUCUGUAACAGUGGUAGAAUGGCAAUAACAACGGUGGCAAUUCAGUGACAUCCGAUACAUUUCGACUUUGUCCCCGUUGAGGAUAGUGACGACAAGUUUCGGUGUCAAUCCAAGGAAUAAUCAAACUUAAAAGUGCGCAAGUGAACGAGACCAAGACGGCCAGCAGCAACAUGAAGAACCAAAACAUGAUUCACCAACGUGAUGUUGGAGGCGUCAUUCUGACAUCAUCGACGAACCCAAAAACUCAAAAUCCAUCUGGAUACUAUGCGAGUUUGCCGAACCGAAGGAAUGAUAACCAAAACAAUUUUCGAAGUUCAUUGAAAAUCAUGAACGGGAACCAUUCCAAGACUCAUCUUCCGGAGGUGAAUGGCAACAACAACACCGCCAACCUCACGUGGAAGACUCUUCAAGAUCGCUUUGAGAUUCCUCUUCCGUUCGGGUAUCACAUGGACCUGGACUUUCUGAGGUUUACCAACGAAGAGCUCGUGUCGAAUGAGACAUUGGAUCGGCUCCGAGAUCUCCGGAAACAACGACGAAAGCAAAGGAAGACGUUGGAGGCCCUUAUGGGCAUUAGACAAGAGCAACGAGAGCGGGAGAGAAAAGCCAAGAUCCAACCCGUCAUGAAUUCUUCCAAAACAUCUUCAAACAAGCCAACCUUGAACAUUCCAACCAAGCGACCCAGUAGUCAACCCCCUCCAGACGCCGUGCGCACUCCCGAAUUCAUCAAAGACGCCUUGAAGGACGCCAUGAAAGACUUUGAGCUACAUCUGGAGAGAUCGAAAGAAGAUAGGCCGGGCUCCCGAAACCAAGAAAUCGAUCUACUUAAUCUAAGUAGCUCGGGCAUCAAGACCGCCAAAUUCAACACUUUUCCUCGUGUGUUGUCCCCAGACGAACCGGCCAUGUCCUCGUCGUACAAAAUGUUCAGAAACUCAAACUCAUCCUUGUCCAGCAUUUCCACCUCAUCAUCGGCUUUGCCGCUAUCCCCUGACGCGGUUCUGGCGGGCCUACCCUCAUCGGUGAUGAACAAAUCCGACCAAUCCGAGACCGAAUCCAUUGGGAGCAUUACUUCAGACAUGAGUACGCACACAUUGAAGAACAUUCGUGAACAAAUGGCCAAAAGUCUUUUGAAGCUGAAGGAAUAUGAGAAGCAGGUUGAGGCCAUACCCGUCAUGCAUGCGAGAUUGUCGGUACUGAAAGAAGAGAAGCGUUUGUUACUCCUUCAACUGAAACAGCGAGAACUCGAAAUGAGACGGGAAAAGGGCGAGGAUCUCUUGGAAUCAGAUGGGGGAGCUUUAGAUUAUGACACGGAAGAUGAUGAUCUGGAAGAGAAAAUAGGAGCAUCACGGUUGGCUUUCAAGAACAGAUUUCACGAUAUCCACAAUCGAGCCCGUAGCGAGAGUCCUUACGCUCGAGGCGGAACGAUUAAUCCGGAAGAUUUCCCAUCUUUCCAAAGAAAAAGGUCGGUCUCGUGUGGAUACAACUCGGACUCGGAUCCCUCGCCCCACGCAGACAGGAGGUAUUACGAGUCCGAGCCUCAAGCUCCCAAUCACUUCCAAAGGGCUCGAAUGAAUCCAAUACAACACCAAUCCAGACUUGCAAAAUCCAGUCCUUUGCAUAAUCUGUCUUCUCCACACCUAGAACGAUCCGAGAUAAGCUUCUUUACGUCCAGUGGGGCCAAUGCAUCCCUGUCACCAGCCAGAAAUAGAUUAGCUCCCAAUUUAGGCACUCAGACAUCUACACCCAUCAAGAAAGCCGUACGUGAUUCUAGCACCAAUACCGAUCCAGAAAAGAAGCGAGAGAAGACACCUUCUCCCAAGCCUUCUCCACCUGCAGUUAGAAAACGAGAUCGCGCCAGUAACACGGAUCCACCACCAAAAUCCCCGCCUCCACCCAGGAAAAUCAACAACUUUACCAAUACCAUGCCUACCAGAACUUUGGCCAAGGCAAGCGGCACAUUACUUCAAAUGGAUAAUCUGUUCACCAAGGUUGAGUUGGAGGAGAGAGUACAAGCAGCCAUAUAUAAAACCGAAGAAGAGAUCAUGGGUUGUCCUUUGUUACAAAAGGCAAUGGCAAAGGUGGAAGAGGAAGCUCUGUACGGCCCUAAACCGUCUCCGGAACCUGUGGACACCCAUGAGAUGAGUGUCCAAGUGGGUGACGAGAAUCUCCGGCCUUUUGUGAUUUCGGUUGGACUCCAAUGUAAGUUGGAUGAAGUUCGGCCUCUGGUGGUGGAGAUCUCAAGCCAGGCUGGGGUGGAUGUGAAGGACAAUGAAUGCCAAUCAGGAGCGAGUCUGGAAAGGAGGGAACGAAGAAGCCGCACAGUAGACUUGGACAGAGAAAAACUAGUUCGAACAAUUGGUGUGGGAGAGUGCAAAGUCAUUGAAGACCCGAAAGAUCCUACUCAAUUCAGAGAGAUUGGUGUUUGUACUGAAAAGUGGGUGGAGAUCAUUAAAGCCUCAAAACAAACUGACACCGAGGAUUUUGCUUUCAAAGACACUGAGUCACCGAGGGUGGCAGACAUGAUUCUUGAGCCCUCCCCAGAGAGAGUGGUUUGGGAGAAGAGGAGCAGUCUGAGGCGAACAAGCGCUGGAUCGCCUUUGGGCUCAAGACGAUCUUCCGUGAACUCUCCGAUACAAUCCAGAAAAUCUUCCACCUUGUCAGGCGUUCAUCCAGCCAGAACAGUGACGAAGUCGCAGAGUACAAUGACGGACUCCGAAUUAAAAACGAAACCAAUGACAAGGGAUGCUAAAUCUGGAUCCGCGGGAGUUCAAAUGAAGUCGGUGGGCACUUCGGCUCUUAUGCUUCCCCUGGCCAAGGGGUUACCAGCGCUAGGAUCCCCAUUAACCACCCCCGAGCUGGAGAGGCCACCCGUCAAUCUGAAUCUGUGUGAUAAAUGCAACAACGACAUUCACAAAGUGGCAGAGGGAGUAUUGGCUGGCCCACAUGCCGCACUAGUGGCAUCUUCCUCGUCAUCGUCCUCCUCGUCAAGUACCACCAACGCGUCCAUGGCAACCACAAUCACCAAAAUUGCCCCGCCAAGUCCUGAUAUGCCAUGGCUAUCAAAAAUUCCCCGUCCAGUGCCAGAAAACCCCGAUGUUAGCAAAUUGAAAUCGGCCACAUCGAUUGGAAAUCUCUCGAUUGACUCGCGACCAAGAAGUCCGAUGCUACAGCGAUCGAAAUCCAACAUGACACCCACCAUGGGACGGAAGCUCACUGCCGGAAAUCUGGGGUCGUCGAGAAGCCCAGUGCCAAGGAACGCCUUGGGUACACCUCCGCCCCACCCAUCUACGCCUCCAGUGGGAAGUCGUCGAAUUCCCUCACCCUUGGCCAGAUCUCAGUCACCUUAUGGUGAGAGAAGGAGUCUCAUCCCCAAGUUGAGUCCCAAUCUGGGGAGGAAGCAAGUUCCAAGCUCUCUGAACCUGCCCCAAGGGUCCAGUAACAAUUCAUCCAGCGUAGUCUCUCCCAAUUCGGCAGAGACCAGAUCUCUCAUUCCACGGGUGACCACACCCCCGGCACUUCGAAGGAUGUACCCGAAGGAGUCUGAAGGUGGCGACAAAUUGGCAGCUCGAGAUAGGAAUGUCGUGAGAAAGAACACUUUCACCAAAGUCACGGUGGGGAUAAACAAUCCGGACCUUGAAAAGCACGAUCAGGGUAAGGUGAAGUCGAGUGAGAAACAAGUGUCCAAACUGGAGAAGAUGAAAAAACGGUUCAGUGAUAUCAAGGAGAUGUUAAGUGGGAGUGAUUCAGAAUCCGAGACAGAGAAGAAAGACAAUGAGACCACGUCCAAGAGGUUAAGCUCUGGGGGCUUUCCAUUGCCCGGAGCUGCUCUUUUUGCUCCCAUUGACGAAAAUAGAACCAAAGUUGAGCCAUCCAAAGAAAUGAGAGGUGCUCUCAAAGUACUGAACGACUCGUUUGGAAGAAGUACCCGCGGUAACGCACAGGUUACAAAUGCAAUCAACAUCAUCCAACAAGAAUGGUUCAAGGUCUCGAGUACGAAGCAGUCUAAUCCUCUGGACGUGGAAGAUUAUCUGGAUGCCAUCGAAGACAUGUCCAAGGAGCUUCUCAAUAGGGUCGUCAAUCUGACGGAUGUCAAUGGGAAUACAGCUCUUCAUUACUCGGUGUCACACGGCAACUUUGAUGUGGUCUCUGUUCUACUGGACUCCAAGGUGGCCAACUCGAACAUCAUGAACAAGGCCGGCUACACUUGCAUUAUGCUGAUUUCCUUGGCCCAGAUCCAGAACGACACCCACCGAGCAGUCGUGGCCCGGCUUUUCUCGAUGGGAGAUGUCAAUGUGCGAGCCACUCAGCACGGACAGACCGCUCUGAUGUUGGCUGUAAGUCAUGGACGAGCCGACAUGGUCCAGCUUCUAGUGGAGGCUGGGGCUGACAUCAAUAUUCGGGAUGAAGAUGGCUCAACAGCCUUGAUGUGUGCCGCUGAGCACGGUCACAUGGAAAUUGUCAAGUUCCUUCUUCAUCAACCGGAUACCAAUGUCCUGGCCAAAGAUAAUGACGGUCUAACCGCCCUGGCCGUGGCCAUGGAAGCUGGACAUCGUGAUAUUGGCGUCAUUUUGUACGCUAAUAUGUCCUUUUCACGCGGAGCCUCGCCGUACUCGUCCAUGCGAAUGAAGAAGGGCUCGACUUCCUCCCGGACUUCCACGCCCACAGGUUCCACCCGCUCACUUGCAAUCGCUAACAAAACGCCUCCCCGAAGUCCGGUUGUACCCACGCCACCAAUUCGUACCCGAAGAAACUCUUCUAAUCAGUGAUUUCCCGUGUUAUAAAUUUAGAAGAAUCAAUAUCGUUUUUAUUGCAUGCUCUUUUGCACCCUUCCUAAUCGCUACCAAAAUUUGACUCCCAUUUUCAACAUGAAAUAAUUUGUAUCUACUGCCUAUUUCCAGCAAAAAUUAAAGAAAUCUCUCUUAACCAUGAACAAA